AACAAGUUAGCGAGUUUAUUUUAGCUAGCGAGGUUACUUCCCAGAGUAUCACAUUAACUAGGUCAAAAUGAAACAUUACAGAUAUCAGGGAUGUUUCACUGUAUGACAAAGGACUGCGCAUUAACUUAACGUCUUGGUUUGGUGAUCCUUGGGACAUUAAGAUGCCUAUCCGUGCAUACUGUACAAUUUGCUCCGAUUUCUUCGAUCACUCGAAAGAUGUUGCUGCCAUCCACUGCGGACACACUUUCCACUAUGAAUGUCUUCUCCAGUGGUUUCAGACGGCCCCCACAAAAACCUGUCCACAGUGUAGGAAACAGGUCAGCACCAGACACAUUAUCUGCAAGCUGUACUUUGACAUUGGUGGAGAGGAGGAGGAGGCCACAGUAGACCCGGAAAGCUUGCAGAAUGAGCUUGAUCGAAUGAAGGUGCUUUUAAGCUCCAAAGAGCGAGACUGGCGGGACAAACAGAAAGUCGUGGACAGUUUGAGGGAGACUGUCGACAAGCAAAAGAGAGACCUGGACAGCGUGCGGAAAGAGAUUAUGGAAAAGGAGAUGCUCUGCUCUGCUCUCAGGAAACAGAUGACAUACUUGGAGACACAACAGAAUGAUGUUCAUGCUGCCAAGGAGGAGGCCCGGAGACUCAGGAUCAAAAUGAAAACUUUUGAAAGCCUGGACGUGUUGUUACAGGGUCAGAGAGCAGAGGUGGAGUCCAUGAUCACAGAUAUGGGUGUCAGUCAGGCGGCAGUGGAGCAGCUCUCCAUUUACUGCAUCUCUCUAAAAAAGGAGUAUGAUAAUCUAAAAGGAAGCCUGAAGUCUACGAAUGACAUGUGCGAGAAGCUGAAGAGAGAAGUGCUCUCCUCAAACAACAAGUUACAAAAAGCCUCAGUGGAGGUGAAUCAGACCAAAGAGGACAUGAAGUCUCUGCAGAAUGAUCUGGCCAAUGCUGACAAAGAAAUCUCUAGUCUGAAGAAGAAAGUGGAGUUCCUUCAGAAGACUCUGAGCACGCCGACACGGACAAAUGAAACCCUCAGCCGGCUCGUGUUCGAAAGCCCGGCCCCAUUGGAGCUGAAGCAGCCUCGCCUCCACCAGCCUGCAGAUAGCCAGGACAUUGACCUAAAUAUGACCUAUGACAUCACUACACCGGAUGAUGUGGCCAAGAGACCGACCCAGGUCCCAUCCAAGAAGAUGCGUGUUGACCCUCCGGCAACAUCCAUGUCCAAACACAAUGUGAAGAGUUCAUCUUUAUCCAAGGCUCAAGAUGAGGAUGGAUCCAUGGAUUCAUUUAUGAGGAACUCCCUUCUCUUCAGAAAGAAGAUUUUUGGUAGCAUGUUGGACCCUCAGAGGAAGCCUGGAGCUGUGAGAACUGGUUAUGAUGGAUUAGGAGGACGGACUAAAUUCUUCCAACCUUCUCCUUUAUCGGAGAUUCGCCCCCUGAUGAAAGCAAAAAGGAAGAAGGUGACCAGACCUCCACCCAAGAUUGCAACUCGCCUCACUCUGGACAGCUUCCUCGAGUGAAGUUCAACCUCUCCUGCCCCCAGAAGAGGAGUCAGAGGUCAGGAUGCUGCAUGUGAAGUGACAUGUUGGUGCUACUGCGGCACAGAGAACCAGCCUGGCAGCGGUUCUGCCACUCGGCACCAAACAGGACUUUUUGAUAGAACUUCAUUUAGAAGCAGUAACUGACCAAACACCUGACAACUGAUGCUGAACUUGGCGUUGGAGCUUUGGUGACAUCCACAAACCUGCUGCACAUUUUAACAUUGUGUGUGUUUUUUUUUUGUUGUUUGUGUGUGUUGAUGUGAAUUUGUAUGUGGAGACUGUGUCUCACCCAGCAUUUGCUUUGGAGCCUUUUCUUAUAGUUUUUAUGUGGGUGUCUUAUCCACUUAUUUGCAGACCCUUCAAAUGACACUGCUCUGUAUUAUGUCCUUCAUUGUCACAGAUGCAUUUAUUUUCUAUUCUUGGAAAAAUAAUCAGUUAUUUUUCGCACAUAUUUAAAACCGGUCUUCAUGAACACCAACAUGUAGAUAAGAUGUAGAUAUUUUUAGUUUUAAUGGUCCUGCCAGAUGUAAAACCAACUCAAAUAAUAAACAAUAUUUUCUUUUAUUAA